AGAAUAAACUAUUUUACUAGCAGUUUCUAAACAUUUAGCUAAGCGACAUUAUGACAAAUAUACAACGGUUAUGGCUUUCUGUCGUAUUAGUAAAUUAUGUACAUGCGCGAUAAUAGUAGUUUACAACUUUACUACUUUUCCGCGCAGUUCCACGCAAUUUGGAUGUUGUUAGAAGACCCCGCCCUCUCUCGGCAGCCUCAGCAAGACCUGGAGAAAGUGCGUUUUCUAUAAUUCACAACUAGUCCACUUGAAGCCAGAACCAUGUGUCUCACCCAAAUAUUUACAUAUACACUAGAAUACUGAUUGGGGGCACUGUGUUCAAGCCAACGUGCGUGCCUCCCUUUUCGCACUUCCUCACCAUUGUAAAACAUAUUAUUAACGUCUACAUUCGUUUUUAUAUUACAGACACCUUAAUGCAUAAUUGUAAAUUAUUUUAUAUGAGCACAUUUUUUAUUGAUUACUAAUGUUAAUGUCCCCACUACAACAACAAAAAUACACUGAACAAAAAUAUAAACGCAACAUUUAAAGUGUUGGUCCCAUGUUUCAUGAGCUGAAAAAAGAUCCCAGAAAUGUUCUAAAUGCACAAAAAACGUAUUUCUCUCAAAUGUAUGCACAAAUUUGUUUGCAUCCCAGUUAGUGAGCAUUUAUCAUUUGCCAAGAUAAUCCAUCCACCUGACCGGUGUGGCAUAUCAAGAAGCUGAUUAAACAGCAUAAUCUUUACACAGGUGCACCUUGUGCUGGGGACAAUAAGGCCUCUAAAAUGUGCGGUGUUGUCACACAACACAAUGCCACAAAUGUCUCAAGUUGAGGGAGCGUACAAUUUGCAUCCUGACUGCAAGGAUGUCCACCAGAACUGUUGCCAGAUAAUUUAAUGUUCAUUUCUCUACCAUAAGCCACCUCUAACGUCAUUUUAGAGAAUUUGGCAGUACCUCCAACUGGCCUUACAACCGCAGACCAUGUUUAUGGAGUCCUGUGGGCGAGCGCUUUGCUGCCCCCGUGGUGGUGGGGUUGUGGUAUGGGUAGGCAUAAGCUACGGACAACAAACACAAUUGCAAGGUUUAUGUGACCAACAGAUGGAUAUCUGUAUUCCUAGUCAUGUGAAAUCCAUAGAUUAGAGCCUAAUCAAUUGACUGAUUUCCUCAUAUGAACUGUAACUCUAUAAAAUCUUUGAAAUUGUUGCAUGUUUUGUUUAUUUUUUUGUUCAGUAUACAUGUCAUUUUGUCCUUGAAACAUUUAAUUGAAAUACUGUACUGAGUUCCAUUCAUUCCGAUGGAGGACCACUCCUUCUGAGAGUGACAAUAUGGCCGACCGGUGUCUUCAAAGCCUCUCAUUGGACAAUACAUUUAAUCAGCAGUCCAGGGUUUAUAUCAGUGUUGUAGUACUACACAUUGAGUGUCUUGGUCUUGUCUAGUUGUCAGAUACAUUUUUACCUGGUCUGGACAAUGAGGACUUGUAAUUUCAGACCAGCGGAGUAAAAAGACCACCAUUAACAGUUUCCAUUCAGUCAGCGCAUAAAAACGCUUUGCCAGGCCAAAUAUAUACACUCCUUUUUUGAAACAAUAUCUUGUUGCCUAUUGAAACCUGGGAUUCCUACUUUACUUGUAACAUUACUGUACUUUACUUGCAUUGAAAAAUAUCCUCAAAGUUUGUCUGGAUUUCCUUGACUCUGGUCGGGAAGAGUGGGGUAAAUUGUUGACUAAGUUGCAUGCUUACUAUUAGUAAGGGGAGACAGGGAGAAAUUCUAAUAAUCUUUAUAUCUAUAGUAGACAUGUUUGCGCAGUGGCGAACCUAUUGGACCCCUAGGCCUUCAGUGUGUGACAGGCUGGUGAUGCUGAAAGGACAACAACCGUAAUACCAGGAGAGUGCACUUUUGUCAAACACAAAGGGCCAAUGAUGUAGUGGAGGCUAUAUGCAGGUAUACGCCCUAUACCAACUUUGUCCCUUAGGAAAAAUGAUUGCAGUCAGAGUGCAGUAUAACUGCAGUUAUUCUGCAAUUACUGUGUCCAAAAUACCACAGUUGACCGCAGUUUCAAAAUUGCAAUCAUUUUGUAAGGGGUUUUCAGUGGGCAUUGCCUAAACUCACUUCUUAAUCCCUUUGGUUGCAUAUCAAAGUAGUGUACUGGAGGUAUACAGCGUAUUAAUUAUGUAGUACAAUAGAGUAAUCAUGCACAAAAUUGCCUACACAAUCGCAAAGCACGUGAAAUGCAUGCACAUGCGCGCAUUACACAUAUCCUAGUUUCAGCAGAAUAUAAUCAGCAGGCAGCAAGAGCGCGCAGCUCCCAACUCGUUUUUGCAUGGAGCAGCUCACAGAAGAAUUACAUUGGUAGCCGGUAGGGUAGGAAAGACAUUUAAAUUAAUGAUAUCUAGCAGUAAGUGCUCACUAAGGCAACAAUGGGUAUGCAAACCAGUGGUGAUGGCCUGGGAGAUGGACAGCUCACACGGACCAGGGUCACCCCAAAGAGUUCUGCCCAAAACGGAACAUUCCGAGGUCGAACUGGUCUCCAGAGGUCAGGAAUCCCUCCCUACCUCAUGUGUCAAACAGGAGCGUACAGAAUUAUUUGUUACGAACCCUGAGCCUCCGAGGCCAACGCACAUCAAAGAGGAGGAGUAUGAGACCACAGUCACGCCCCUUUUAUUACUUACCAAAGAGGAGAGUGAAGACAAGGAGAUUCCUGACUCUAAACCAAUGACACUUGAGCUUCACGACCCAGCCAGCCAAUCAUGUACAGCCCGAGAGGAGGAGAAAGCCGAGAUGAAGAAGUCCGGAGGAGUGUUCCAUCCAAAGAAUUCCUGUCUCCCUAAGCUUCAGGCCUCCUCUCAGCCCUCGGCAGCUGCAGGCUCCAGUCCUGUGAGUAGGGAGGAAGAUGAGACGGAACCGGAGGUACAGGAGGACCAGGGCCCUGGAGACUGGCUAGCCCCCGUGGAGGACGACGAGGCCCUGGGUGAGUCCCAGCGUCGACGGGGCUUUGAAUCCGCCAGCCGCUCCCUUUCUUCCAUCCUGGGCUCCGACUCAGAGUCAGACGACAAGGAGGGUGAAGAGGACCCCACCUGGGCCCCUGCCGACCCCCAGACCCUUCAGGACGACCCAGAUGCUGACAUCCCCGCUCUUCGAGAGGCGUCCCCACUGUGGCACAGGAAAAGAACAUCAUCGUCACGAAGUCGAGGCAAAAGAGUUCGAGAGGGAGGUAGAGGUGGUGUCUCCUUGUUUCCAGAACCCAAAAAGAAGCCCAAAAACUUUUCCUGCCAGGAGUGCGGGAAGGCCUUCAUAUCCCGCCGUGACCGGGAGAGGCACAUUCGCACUCAUAGCGGGGAGAAGCCGUUUCCCUGCCCCAGAUGUGACAAACGCUUCAACGACAGUGGGAACAUGCGUAAACACAUGCUGAUCCACUCGGGGGAAAGGCCCCACCUCUGUCCAGACUGCGGCAGGGGGUUCUCAGAGAGGGGGAAUCUCAGCAGGCACAGGGCCCACAUCCACGGCAGUAUGCCCAAGUCCGAAUGUGAAGACUGUGGGAAGACCUACAUAGAGAAAGGAGGUCUGGACCGCCACAUCAGAUCUGGAGCCUGCUCUGCAACAAGAAAAACAUGACAUUUAUAAAUGAAAAAGGUUCCUACAAUUACAGUCCCGUUUCAGCAAGUACUGCCUCCAGCGAUCAAACUAUCAAAUAUGGAUGGCGACUUAAUGGCCGGUGACUAGAGAGCUCGCUGGGAGAGUUCGGUGAUUCCUUACUGAAGGUAUUUUUCGCAGGAUUAGGGGGUAGGAAGUUUCAUGAUUCGAGAGAAAAUAAUGACAUUAUGAAAAACAGUGCGUAUGAACUGAGAAGCUGUGUAGAAAAAUCAAUAUAAUAGAUGAAGAGAUGAUCUAGUCUAUAUUUGUAUUUUGCUUCCUAUCAAUGCCUAAAAAAUAUAUAUAUUUUCAGUCAUUUUAUUUUCGCAAGACUCAGUUAAAUGACAAAUGGAAAUGGAUAACUGAAUUUAAAGUUUGUUCUCCCUUAGAGAGCUUUCUCCGUGAGUGCCUUUAUGAGUGAGAGAAGUGCUUUGUGAAUGUGAUGAUCUGUACUUCACUGUUAAAGUAAACAAUCAUGGAUUAAGAA